CGUUGAAAAAAUACACGCAGCAGACACGUUACGAUACGAAAAAACUAUGUGGUCCUAAUUUAAUUCUAAAUUCAAUUAAUCCUAAAAGAAACGAUCAAAAGUGUGUGAUUCGUCCGCAUAGUCUCUGGGAAACAUUUUCUGCUUACGUGGCCGUGAAUCGACAAUUACCUCAAUUUCCAUCUUAGCUCAAACUCCAUCAACUUUGAUAUCUUGUGACAACAUUCUUCCAAACCCGUGCACGAUUUCUCAUCACAACUCCGUGGAUUUCGAGCGAGAAAAAUACAAAUCCUGAGAAUCCUGUUCCGAGAAAGUGUACAAUCUAGUCGCAGAUACACGAAACAGUGUACUCGGAGCUUUGGGCAAUGUGGGUAUGCGCUUUGUUGAAGCUGGGGAGAUAAAUCCCAACCCGUGACGAGAGGUAGCCGCUCUCUAAUUCUCUCAAGAAAACAAGGAAACUCUGAGACUUCAAAGAGAAGCUCUGUUCAGAAAGAAAAAGAAUCAUUUUUGAUUUUUUUCACUUGUUUAUUUCUUUGAAAACGAAAAUCGUUCCUUGCGGCAAUCAGUUUUUUGCCCAGCUACGAUGGUCAGAAGAAAAGUAACAAGAAAAUCGAGCACCGGCACGAGUGCCAGCGUCAGUGCAACUGAAAAUUCAGAGGGCAGCUACGCUCGUCUCAACAGUGGCGCAUCGACGAGCGCAACUAAUCUGGCUCCCACUCUUGGACGCAUGACUCGCGAACAACUUAAAGGCUUACUAAGGGAGCGGGGACUACCCAUUUCGGGAAAGAAGGCUGAUAUGAUUGAUCGAUUAGGCAGCAGCAUGUUGGAGAACUCGGGUGGCAGCGCGGUCCGUCGUGCUAAAGAUUCGAACACAUCGAACGGAGCACAGAGAAGUUUACACGAGCGAACUAGCGAGGAAAAGACUAAAAGUCAAAGUGGACACGACGAUAUCACCGAUGCGGAUAGUUUAUCGCUAUGGACCCAUCCAAUCACCACUUUACAUUAUUUUAUACGUGAAUUGCUCAUCGAUAUUUCAAAUUUAACGAAAAAUAUACUUCGGUAUAAAAAGACAGUGUGGUUAUCAGUAUUAGUUAUCGGCUUGUUCCUUCUGUUGAGUCGCGUUGCCGGACCUCAACAAAAUGUAUUUAAAUUUUUGGAAGCUAAGUUAAUAUGGUGGGCAUACUGGGUGGGCCUUGGAGUGCUGUCGAGCGUCGGUUUGGGUACAGGGCUUCAUACAUUUGUGCUCUACCUCGGCCCGCACAUAGCGGCCGUUACGAUGGCAGCUUACGAGUGCGGGGGUUUGAAUUUUCCGGAACCACCGUAUCCCGAUCAUAUAGUAUGUCCAACGACGAUAGACCCCGCAUGGACAGCGGGUAUUUUCAAUAUAAUGAGAAAAGUGAGAAUUGAGGCGAUGCUGUGGGGCGUUGGUACAGCGCUGGGAGAACUGCCACCAUAUUUUAUGGCUCGGGCAGCCAGAAUGAGCAAAAGAAGCGACAAGAGCGACGACUACGAUCAGGAAGAUCUCAAGGAAUUGGAGGCUCUCGAGGCGAUGGAGAGUGGUGAAAAUGUCCCACUCAUUAUGAGGGUCAAACUCGCUAUGAAGCACUUCGUUCAACGCGCCGGAUUUCUCGGAAUUUUGGCUUGUGCAUCGAUACCCAAUCCGCUUUUCGAUCUCGCGGGCCUCACAUGUGGUCACUAUCUUAUUCCUUUCUGGACAUUUUUCGGUGCAACGGUUAUCGGUAAAGCCGUGGUGAAAAUGCAUAUACAACAGUUAGCAGUGAUAAUAGCCUUCAAUGAGGAACUUUUAGACAAAGUAAUUGGUCUGUUGGCGUUGGUCCCGUACAUAGGAAAGAAGUUGCAAGAACCACUGAAGAAAUAUCUUAUCGAGCAGAAGAAUAAGUUGCAUGAAAAAUCUUCCGUGCAAGGAGCUCCGAUGAUCUCGUGGUUAUUUGACAAAUUUGUCAUGCUCAUGGUGAUUUACUUCCUGAAAACGAUAAUCGAGGCUCUUGCUCGCAAUCAUCAUCGCAGGCGUGCCAAGUCAUCGGCUGAUUGAGAUUUGGAUCAAUAUAAUCGCCAUCGUUAUGCUCGAUUUGUAAGGAUUUCAAGCAAUAAGAAACGGAAAUGAAAAAACGAGCACAGGAAAAAAACAAAGGAUAAAAAGAUAAAAACACAAAUAGAAAAAACAUGAUUUCGAUAAUCAUGCUGUUAACUCAGUCAACCGUGAAACGAUGAACGAUCGAUGAUCGACUUUAUUCUCGUUUCGUGUUCGGGCGAAACGCUGAUCGAAUUCCACCGUCUUUUCGCCAAGGGAUUGGAAUUUCUACAAAGACUAUAAAGUAUAUAAAAACGUGGAUCGAAAGUUAAAUUUCAAUCGAUGUAAAUAUGUAUAAUGCGCCGUAACAAACAACGUGAAACAAACACUUACACAUACAUACAGACACACAGAACGAAACACUGAGAAAUAUUGAUAAAAAAUCGCGAGUCUCUGUCCUUUCCAGUAGCCCAAUAACCAAAAUUAUUUUUCAUGAUGCUGCCUUGACGCAUUUCAGUCGAAACGAAGAUAAAAAUUUGGUCUUGCUCAAAUUCUACUUACAGACAGAAACAUAAUUGCAGUGGAAAAUCGAAUUUAACAUUUUUUUUUCAUAAUGCGUGGUGGAUCUAUAAAAAAAGUUGAAGAAUCUGUGAAAUAGUGUACACGAGUCAACGUUCAAUCGUAGUUAUUUACAGUGAAAUGAAGAAACAUUGCACUAUCCUACAAAACACGUGGUGUAUAAAAAAAAUAAGGGAAAAAGUUCGAUCCGUUUCCCUCGAUCGCGGCGUUCCACGGGGCCAAAAUAGAACAAUACUUUUAAACCAAUAGAUCGGAGAAAACACUAACACACAAUUGUAAGAAAAAGAAAGCGUAAAUCUACAUGCUCGUGAUAUGAAGUAUGAUAAAAUGGAAUUUCAAUUGACAGUUUCCUAUCGAUUAUCGAAGAUAUUAGGAAAAAUGAUAGUCUCUUGGGCGAGUGAACGAAGGCAACGAAUCGAAUCGAAAGUUGGGAUGCCAAAGACAUUUUUUAGCAUUUAAACGAAAAACGAGAUACGAAAGGGCUUGUUGUGUCUACUACGAAAUGAAUGAAAGCACAUGAAAGAAAAAAGUCUUUGGUUUAACUCACCUCGCUGAUAUAUUAUUACACGUUGCUAAAAAGUGUACUGCUUUUUUGGCCAGUUACGGAGAUAGACAAAAAUCACACACCCACACGUCCAAGUAUCGUAUUAAUAUUUUGAUACCUGCAUAUAGCUAGGUGACCUGUAUAAGGUAACGCUAAAGAAAAAGAGUAAUCGACGAUGUUUUGCCAUUUUACAUUGGAAUGUCAUUUCAGAACGAGAGUUUUUAAAACUCGUUCUAUGUUUUUUUGUUGUUGUUGUUUUCUCUUUCCAUCAAAUUUAGAAUUCUUAGUCAAAAUAAAAUACGUGCAAAAAUAUUGAAUUGUGCGAGCAAAUAUUUUGUCUCGAUUUUGCACGUUAAACGAAGCUGCUAUUGUUCUGUGAAAGCAUCGAAAACUGUAAAUCUUUUGUUGAAAUUUACUAUACAAUUGAAAUUUUCCUCCAUCUCCCCCUUUUUAGUAUAUUUACGGGCAAUUUAUCAACAUAUGCUGUAAUUCGUAGUCAAACGUCUACCUAUUGACGCGUCGUGCGUCAACGCGGAAUACGUCGAUCAAGAAUUUUUGUACAGUCUCAAUGAAACGACCUUGACGAUCGAGCUCAACAGCUUGCUGUUUCCCUCGACAAAAUGUUUGUGAUAUUUGUGCGUGAGUACGUCGGGCAUGUUGCUUCUGAAAUGUUUUUGAAAUUAUUCAUCCCCUCACCCUCCUACCUCGUCCACCUUUCAAGCAAAAUAUGUUUUUUGUGUGUAAAAAAACGAAACAAUUCAGUUUUACAUGCCCAUCACCCAUUCCUCAAGCCGUUCGUCUUGCUAAUUAGGUAAAAUAUUAAUAUUAUGUACAUUAAGAAAAUAAACAAUUACGAGUGUUUCGUAAACGUUAUGUACAA